AGAGGUGGAUUUUAAUAUUUUUCAAUUUCCACAUAGCUGCAGCCUCACUCUCUAUGAGUUUGCAGGACGAAUACUGCUAGGGUUUGAUCAUCCCCCUCCUCACCGAUGUUUAUAUUUCUCUUCCUUUCCCUUCCUCAAUCACUGUUUCUAUUCACAUGUCUAUACACGUAUACACGCGCUUGUUUUUGGUUUUGCUUUUAAUUUUCUUGUUGCAGCUUUCUACCAUAUGAUUUUUUUUUUCUUUAUGUUUUUCGAUUGAAUCUGCGUAGGAUCUUGCACAGAACUAAGCUUUUUUCUAAUGGGACUUCUAGAUUUUCUUCAGAUCGAAUCUGAUUUACCUGUUACUUGUGAGUUUCAUCUGCAACGUUGUCAAGCGUCAGUUUUUUUCUACUUGCCUGCCCCUGAUUUUGUUUCGCCAUUCAUUUAGUGAGUGUAUUCCAUUUCAUAAUCUUCUUUGAUUUUCAAGCAUGUGUGCUUUGUAUGGCUGAGUGUAGGCGGAUGUUGUUAUGCACUGAAUUGACUCCAACGGAUUAAUAUCAUGAACAUGUAGUUGUAGUUAUUUGCAUGGAGGACUAAGGUUAUCUAAUUUGAAUUUUGAGAUUUAAUAUAUUUGAUUUUCUUUUUCAAUUUGAUUCCUGCACUUGCUCUUAUACUUUGCUGCUGAUUAGGGAUUUUUCUCAGUCAGUUCUUUUUGCUAGUUUCUAGAUGUGUGUAGGGUGUUGAAAUUUCUUAAUUGAGUUUCCGCUAGAAUUUUGCUAUUAAGACCAUGGAUUCAUUAUAUAGUUUUAGGAACUUGUCUGGUCUAUUAGGGGUCUGUUCCCUGUUCAUUUUUAGGAUUCAAUUUCAGCUUUCAUAUGCCUGCAAUUAGCCAAUUUCCUACAGUUGGUUUGAGAAAUUUGACUGGGGUUUGGACAUGAUGCCCUUAAUCAUUCCCAAGUUAUAUGAAUUCUUUGCCCACUUUGUCUGACAUGUGCACUUAUAAUGAUCUAUCUAGAAAAUAUGAUGUUCAGAUAUCCCAGGGCUGGAUCUGAUUGCACAUCUUUGAGAGGCCAUAUAUGGAUGAUAUUUGAACCUUAUUUCUUCUUAUAUAAUGGACAUAACCUGUCUUUACCUUACACAACAUUUCCUUAAAAUUGACUUGCAUGCAGGGAUGUCCUUUGACAUGGUUGUCUCAUUACGUGGAGGUUUAUGUCAUUGAGAGUAUUCCAAAGCGUGGAUUUCUGACUCGUAUUUCAGUAAGCCAGUAACAUAUAAUGGAGGACGAUAAUGGACUUGAACUUAGUUUGGGCCUGUCAUUUGGUGGAUCAUCGGGCAAAGGGAAGGCUAAAAAUUGUAGCUCCUCAGAUAUUUGGACUGAAGAAGGCGACAAAGGCAGUAAAAUAGUUGGUGAUUUCAAAACUUUUCUUCAUUCAGGAACCCACAAACAGGAUCCUAGUACUGGGUCUCAGAGAAAUGAUUCAGUUAAACCUAAAGAAAACUUCUUUAACAACCUCUCAAGGGCCACAGCUGAACCAGAUGCUUCCAUGAACCGAAUUUGGGUUACAAAUAAUAGUAGGUCUGCAGACCUUGAGGAAGAGAAACAGUCUGACGCAGGGAAUAAACGGAAAUUAUUGUUCAAUGAGAUGAACAGUCAAAAGAAGCAUGAGAGAGAGCCACUUACUGAUUUGCAUGACAAAGCAAAAACUCCACAUUUGUCCAUAACCACAGAAGAUGGCUCCACUGCCGAAAAUGAAGAUGUGGCAGAGUCUGAAGUUGAGGUUAGUAGUUCUUCUGAGGUAUCAAAGGAGGUUCGUGGGUUUUCUGACACAAAUGUUAUGGAUUUACAAGGUAAAAAGACAUUUAGUGCUUCGGGAGAAGAUGAGUUUAAGCUUGGGAAUAUGACUUAUGGCAUUCCAUUCUCUGUUCAGUCUGCAAAUGUCAUGAAUGUACCGUAUUCAUUGCCUUCAAAGGAUCCUAACUCUGGUGGUGCACCCAGCACGUCUGGUCACUCGCUAUCUGGCAUAGCUCAGAUGAUGCCUACCACAAGCAGUGAACGAUCAGGAGCCCAGUCUGUAAAUCCUGGAAACUUGCCGGUUAUGUUUGGUUACUCACCUGUUCAACUUCCAAUGCUGGAUAAGGAUGGUUCCUGGGGUUUAGUUUCUCAUUCACAACCCUUUCACCCUUCCUACGGCAGUAGAGGUCCACCAACCUCAGAUAAGCAUAAUGACAGCUUAAAGAUAUCUCAAGCUGCCAUGCAAGCAAUUACACGUAAUUCCUCCGAUGGUACACUUUAUGAUGGGAGGACUAUAGAGCGGACGAAAGCUGAAGGAAAAAUGCAAGCUGGCGAGGAAGGCUUCUCCAGUCAGACAGAAGAUGUGAAAGGAAGCGGCAUAAACCUUAGGGUGAAAGAUCCAUCUGAGAGGCCAGGAGCAGAAAGUUUUUCUCUUGACUUCUCAGAGAUAAAGCCUGGUAUUGCUGCAGACUUGAAAUUUGGAGGAUGCGGGUCAUGCCCAAAUUUACCAUGGGUAUCUACUACAGGUUCUGGUCCAAAUGGUAGAACCAUAUCUGGCGUUACAUAUCGAUUCAGUGCAAACCAAAUCAAAAUUGUUUGUGCUUGCCAUGGUUCUCAUAUGUCUCCGGAGGAGUUUGUGCGGCAUGCGAACGAAGAAUAUGUUAGCCCUGAAGGGGGAACUGGUUUGGCUACCUUCCCAAGCACCAAUCCUGCUGCUUCUGCUCAUACCUGAAAUGUCCAAGUCACCGAGGGAAAGCUGGGUACGGGGUUUGCAGUAGUAACCGGUGAGAUUUCUCACAGUUUCACUUGUUUAUCUGUUUUAAGUUUGUAAUAAUGAUUUUGAUUGUGGAAUAGUAAUUUUGAGCAGUUGAAGUCUGCGGGUGUGUAUUAUAUGUUUUAUAAUGAUAAAGAUUAGUGUAGAAGUGAGGUGUUUGUGGUAUAGAAUAGGAAAGUAGCUGAGUGGAUGAUGCAACUACUACAUCUUCUAUCUUGAAUUGUGUGGUUUCCUUUUUCAAAAUAGAAAAUUUGGGAGGGAUAUAAUAGGACGUGUAGAAGAGAAAGAUUGUGGUAUUUUCGUACGAGUCACGCAUAUAUGAGUUGUAAUGCGUGUCCAAGUCAUCUGCAUGUGUCAAUAACAAAUACCUGCCGGAUUUUCUGUGA